AAGACUGGGACUUUACUCGAGCGGCUGCGGCGGCAAACCAGUUAGAGCUCCAUCAGCUGCCGCAGGCGCCGCGCCCCGAGGCUGAGACGCGAUGAGCGGCAGAGUGGGUGACCUGAGCCCCAAACAGGAGGAGGCAUUGGCCAAGUUUCGUGAGAAUCUCCAGGACGUGCUGCCUACCCUGCCCAAUCCAGAUGACUACUUUCUCCUUCGAUGGCUCCGAGCCCGAAGCUUUGACCUGCAGAAGUCAGAGGCCAUGCUCCGGAAGCAUGUGGAAUUCCGGAAGCAAAAGGACAUUGACAACAUCAUCAGCUGGCAGCCACCAGAGGUGAUCCAACAGUAUCUGGCAGGCGGCAGGUGUGGCUAUGACCUGGAUGGCUGCCCAGUCUGGUACGACAUCAUUGGGCCUCUGGAUGCCAAGGGUCUGCUAUUCUCCGCCUCCAAGCAGGACCUGCUCAGGACCAAGAUGAGAGACUGUGAGCUGCUUCUGCAGGAGUGUGCCAACCAGACCACAAAGCUGGGGAAGAAGAUUGAGACCAUCACCAUGAUUUAUGACUGUGAAGGACUUGGCCUCAAGCACCUCUGGAAGCCAGCGGUGGAGGCCUAUGGAGAGUUUCUCUCCAUGUUUGAAGAAAAUUAUCCAGAAACACUGAAGCGUCUGUUUGUGGUUAAAGCCCCCAAGCUCUUUCCUGUGGCCUAUAACCUCAUCAAGCCCUUCCUAAGUGAGGACACUCGUAAGAAGAUUAUGGUCUUGGGGGCAAACUGGAAGGAGGUUUUACUCAAACAUGUCAGCCCUGAACAGUUGCCUGUGGAGUAUGGAGGCACUAUGACCGACCCUGAUGGAAACCCCAAGUGUAAAUCCAAGAUCAACUAUGGGGGUGACAUCCCCAAGCAGUAUUACGUGCGAGACCAGGUGAACCAGCAGUAUGAGCACAGCGUGCAGAUCUCCCGAGGCUCCUCCCACCAAGUGGAGUACGAGAUCCUUUUCCCCGGCUGUGUCCUCAGGUGGCAGUUUAUGUCGGAGGGAUCAGACGUGGGUUUUGGGAUUUUCCUGAAGACCAAGAUGGGGGAACGGCAGCGGGCAGGGGAGAUGACAGAGGUGCUGCCCAGCCAGAGGUACAAUUCCCACAUGGUCCCUGAGGAUGGGACCCUCACCUGCAGUGAGCCAGGCAUCUAUGUCCUGCGCUUUGACAACACCUACAGCUUCAUCCAUGCCAAGAAAGUCAGUUUCACUGUGGAGGUCCUGCUUCCAGACAAAGCAGCAGAGGAGAAGAUGAACCAGCAGGGGGCGGCCACCCCCAAAUAACAGCUCCUCCUGCAGCAGCAGGCCUGCCCCGCUCAGUUUCUUGUAGUAGUCACUUUCCUACAACCUAGUAGCCCGAAGAAACUGGGCUGGAGGGAAGACUUCAGACCGCACAGGAAACUCCCAAAGAGGACAAAUAGCUAGAAUGGGUCCUUGUCGCCAGACUGCUAAGGGGUCUCCAGAGACUGUCUGAAAUGUCUACCCUGGAGACUUGCCAACUUCACCCGUCCAGUGACAGCUGAGACAGGGAGGGGAAGGGUACCCAGGGUGACAGCAGGGAAGAAAUUAGAAAGAAGCGAAGAGAUUGGCAUGUCACACUCAGGGAAGCCAGCUGCUGGGGCGACACUUGCUCCGAAAUGAACAUGGAACAAACCUCCAUGAUCAUAAUGAUGGGUGCAAGGGAGCAGGCUGCUAAACACGUGAUGGGAAUCCAGAGCUCUUCCAAACUUUUUGUAAAAGGCUUGAGUAUCCCCCCCCCCCCCCC